AUGGUAAAACUCGAUCGAUUCGAUAUCGUGCUGAACAAUCCGGAAGACGCCUAUUUUGCUGGUCAAGAAAUUUCUGGAAAGGUCAUCAUUGAAAUUGGAGAACCAAAAAAGGUCAAUGAAAUAUUACUGGAAUUAAAAGGCAGGGCUCGAACCUAUUGGACCAAACAUUCCGGUAAAUCUCGGAAGCACGUCUCACAUUCUGAGCCUUAUUUCCUGGAGCAGUUCAAUACGGCCUACACGCAUAAGUUCACAGUCACUAAAAACGGAAAGGAGAAGGAACGAGUGCUGCCUGCUGGAGUACACGAGAUCCCGUUCUCCUACACGUUGCCCAAGUCUCUGCCCUCUUCGUUCGAAGGCGAAUUUGGCCACAUCCGAUACACAUGCAGGGCAAUCUGUGAACGACCAUGGGAUUUCGAUAUUGUCUCACGGAAAGCAUUCACUGUCAUAGGAAUCGAAGACAUCAAUUCGGACCCUCGCCUGAACGAGCCAGUUUCAAUAAGCGAAUCAAACCAUACGGUUGCAUGGUGCUGUCGAGCAACCGGUAGUAUUACAGGCGAAUUGAGCCUGUCCAAAAGCGGCUUCACCCCUGGCGAAAAAAUUAAUAUUUCCUAUCGGUGUAAUCCAUUUUUCUUGGCGUUCACAAAGACAUUCGCUGGACAUGAACAAGUGAGGUCGACAACACGGGUAAUCUUGAAAAAUGAUAAACCAGAGGUACCGGCACAUACCACCACUGACCGGAUUACGGACGAGAUUGUUGUGCCUUCAGUUCCGCCUCGAUUGGGCAAAUGCAAGAUUAUAUCGGUUACCUAUAGCCUUGAUUUGGAGAUCGAUCAAACACUGGUUGUAUCAUGUCCGGUAACUAUCGGGUCUAUACCUUUAUUGGUAGAAUUGUUGAAUCAUACCAAGGCCAGAAAUGGUAGAAGUAAUCUACGUGAUUCACCUCCUAAAAAAGAUUCUCCCACUACCGAUAGCUGUGUACAGGUAACGAUAACAGACGAAUCAGGGCAGACAAUUUGUGGUGAGCAAAUGAGUCAAGAAAUAGAUGCGCUGAUGUCGUCACGUAAACGAGUCCGAAUGCCAAGUUCCAUACUCUCGGAACUGUAUCCUUCAAUGCCUAGUCCUUACUAUAGGGAAUCAUGUUUUGGUGCUGUCGAUAUAUCGGACGAAAAGGAAUGUGCACAGUACGGUGAAAAGAUGUUCGCUCCAAAGUACCCGUUCUAUACUGAUUGA